AUGCCUGGAGAUAAGGAGCUGGAGCUGCCACCUGUAAAUGGAACACAUGGAGAGACCAGUCAGGAGACAACGAACCAGGACUUUCUGUCCUCUCUGAAGUGCUGCAGGGAAUGCAGCUGGCUGGCUGCAGCAGCACAUCAGGCUGCAGUGCACGGGGAGGGCGAGGCAUUGCCCUCCCAGAGGAGAAGCAGCAGAGAUGUUAAUUCUCCAGCUCCCACCAACUGUCAGCUGAGCCAGUGGUCAGAGUGGACAGAUUGCUUCCCUUGCCAGGAGAAAAAACACCGGUACCGCAGGCUGCUGCAGCCGGCACAGUUUGCAGGGCAGAGAUGUGCAGGGCACUUCUGGGAUGAGCAAGCCUGCCGUGCUGGGACGCAGUGCACAGGACCCCCCAGCUGUGGCAAGGACUUCCAGUGUGAGGAAACAGGUCGCUGCAUUCAAAGGCACCUUGUGUGCAACGGAGAGACAGACUGCAGAGAUGGGUCUGAUGAGAGCAACUGUGAGGAUGAAGAUGUUGAAAGCCCUUGUAAAUAUCUGUACCCAAUCCCAGGGCUUGAAAAAGCAGUCCAAGGGUACAACAUCCUGACACAGGAAGAGAGGCAGUUUGUGUACGACCCUAACUAUUUUGGAGGCCACUGUGAGCAGGUCUACAACGGGGAGUGGAGGGAGCUGAAGUACGACGCUGCCUGUGAACGUCUCUACUACGGCGAGGACGAGAAGUACUUCCGCAAGCCUUACAACUUCCACACCUACCAGUUCCUGGCUCAUGCCGAUUCCGGAUUCGCUUUUGAGACUUACAAGGACUCCAAGGACCUGCUGGAUGCCAUUAAGAGACAUACCUCUGGUUCCUUUGGCCUGAAUGUUGGCAUUGCUCCUCCUGAGUCCCCUGUGCAGGUGGACCUGGGCUUCACCUUAUCAGCUGGCAAAGGGUCGCUGAAGAACUUCUCAGAGUACACUGAAAAGGACGUUGCCUUCAUCAGAGGUGUGACCAAGGUGCAGACAGCCCGUUUCAGGAUGAGAAGGGACAACAUUGUUUUGGAUGAAGACAUGCUGCUGUCCCUGCAGGAGCUUCCAGACACCUACAACUACGGCAUGUAUGCCAAAUUCAUCGAAGACUACGGCACCCACUUCCUGACAGCUGGCACCAUGGGAGGCAUCUUUGAGCACAUCCUUGUCAUUAACAAGGAGGAAAUGAGAAGGAAAGAUGUGAGUGCUGAGGAGAUAAGUGCCUGCUUUGGCCUGUCACUUGGCCUUUCAACCUCGGUGAACCUGUUGAGUCUGGGACCAUCUGUGUCAGGCUCCUUCUGCACGAAGGAAAAGCUCCUGGAAAAAGAUGAGCAGAGCCACAAUGCCUUAGUGGAAGACGUCAUUCCCCGGGUCAGAGGUGGAGAUACCAGCUACAGUGGAGGGCUCUUGAGCAGCUGGAACAGCAAUCUGUACCGUGGCUGGGGAAGGUCAUUAAAAUAUAAUCCUGCUGUUAUUGAUUUUGAGCUGCAGCCCAUCCACGAACUCAUCCGCAGGAGCAACCUCGGCAGCGUGGACACCAAAUGGCGCAACCUGAAGCGAGCCCUGGAGGAGUACCUGCUGGAGUUCAGCCCCUGCCGCUGCAAGCACUGCCAGAACAACGGCGAAGCCCUGCUGGUGGGGAGCACCUGCUCCUGCCAGUGCCAGCCAGGCUACAGGGGCCCUGCCUGCGAGCAGGCUACACGCAGAGGUGGUGAGAUAGAUGGGCACUGGAGCUGCUGGGCACCGUGGAGCCCCUGCCAGGCGGGCACCACACGGCGCCGCCGGCACUGCGACAACCCUGCCCCACGGGGAGGAGGGAAGCCCUGCGUGGGCAGCGACCUGCAGAGCAGAGCCUGCUGAACAGCCCCAGGCAGCGCCACUCCCCGCAGCUCUGCGCCCAAGAGCAGCUUGGACUCGGGGCUGGGCGACCAAUACUCUGAGCACAGUCCUGCAGCAGCAUUAGGCUGGGGAGAAGGAACCGGAGAGCCUAGCCUGGGCAAACACAUGGCACCACGGAAUGGUGGGGCUGGGGGGCACAUCUGGGGAUCACCAAGUCCAACUGCCCUGCCAGAGCAGGUAACAGGCUGGAUUUGCUGCACUCAUCCCAACCCCUGCAUCCACACCUGGCUGCCCCCUCAGAGCCCACCAGCAUGCAGUGACACAGGAGGCAGCAGCGAAGCCACAGGGGUGGCUCUGCUGCUGAGUGAGUGUGGAGCUGCCCUGGGCCAUGAAAUAAAGUUCCUGAAGCUGUUUACAGAA